AUGAGAUUUAGUGUUUACAAAAAAGUAUAGGUAAAUGAAAUAAAGAUUUAAGAAGAAUUAUAGAAGAAUGAAUUAAAUCAAAAUUAAAAUAUGAAGGAAUAUGAUAAAGUACAACAGAAUCUAGAGAAAUAAAUUAUAGAAUCUCUGAAUAAUUAGGAUGAACUCUUAUAGAAGAGAAAGAUGUAUAGAAAAUUAAGAACUUAAGUAAUGAUAAAAAUCAACAGAGAAUAUUAUUUAACAAUAGAAAUAAAAUGA